AUGCCCCCUCUUAUUAAUACCGUAUCACUCCUUCUCUCAACCGUGCUGGUUUACGCGCAGCCAUCUCCAGAGGUGCAAAAGAGGAUAUCGGCUGCCAUAGUGGCUGCUGCAAAUGGUUCCAGCCCCGAUUAUACAACUUUUGUCAAUCCCUUCAUUGAUAAUUUCGGGGAUGUAUGCCCAGGGGCUUCAGUGCCAUUUGGAAUGGUGAAGUUCUCGACUGACCUCACUGGAUACGCCCCCGCUGGUUAUGUUACAGAUCCUACACAGACGAUCCGGGGGCUCAGUCCCCUGCACGAUAGCGGAACCGGCUCGUCGCUCGGCACAUACGGAAACUUCGAGAUAAUGCCUAUGACGUGCUCUGGAGGAUUCAAUACUUGCGCUACUAUGCUUAGCGAUAGGGAGACCUUUCGCAAAAAUAACACAGACGAUGCAUCACCGGGUUACUUUUCGCAAACGCUUGAUAACGAUAUCAAGAUGGAAGCAACUUCUACAAGGAGGGCAGGAUUAGAGAGGUUCACAUUUCCCGAGGGCUCAAAACCAUAUUUUGUCUUAGAUUUGUCCAAUGACCUUCCUGAUUCAUUCGUUGGUGGAAUAAUGGAUAUCGACCCACAACAAGGCCGUAUAACGAUCGGAGGCAAAUGGGGAUCCAGCUUCGGGCCCGGAAGUUUCAGUUAUCAAGCUUUCUCGUGUUAUGACCUUCUGAACAAUGGAAAUCAAACUCUCGACGAAUAUGGAAUUUGGGAGGCCAAUCCCUAUGGUCUUAAUGCUAAAGGACUUGGCCAGACACAUCUUAAUCUGACCCAAAGUCUCAUUGGGGAUCACUACGAAUACGGUGCUCUUUUUUCUUUCGCAGGAACUCCCGAACAGAUUACCAUUCGUGUUGGAGUCUCCUUCGUAUCCGCGGAUCAGGCCUGCGCUAACGCCGAAUCUGAAAUUGGCACCUCGUCUUUCGACGACAUCAUGGCUCAAAGCAAAGCAUUAUGGAACGAAAAACUUAGCGCGAUUCAGAUUGACCUUGCGAACACCGCUCCUAACGUUACCGAACUGCUGUAUUCCUCUUUAUAUCGUGCCUCCUUGACUCCGAACAAUGCCACUGGAGAAACCCAAGGGGUCUUUGCUGGGACAAGUUCAUUCUAUUUUGAUUCAUUGUAUUGCAGCUGGGACACGUUCCGUACUUUCUAUCCGCUCAUGGCCUUGCAACACCCAGUCGAUUACGCACAGAUCGUAGACAACUACAUCGACGGAUGGCGCAAGCUCGGUUGGAUGCCUGAAUGUAGAGCGAACAACCUUCCAGGUUGGACUCAAGGUGGAUCUAGUGGCGACGUUAUUGUGGGACAUUUUGCUAUCAACUACCAUAAUGAAGCGGCUGCUCUGGGAAUUGACUUAGAUGAACUUUACUCUGCUAUGCUGGCAGACGGCGAUUUGAAUCCCAUGGAAUGGGAUAUCCAGGGCCGAGAAGUCAAUCUAUAUACACAAUUUGGAUAUGUGCCCUUCGACGCUAUCGACCCGUCUAGUACUGGUCGUCAAACUCGGGAGGGAAGUAGAACGCUGGAAUACGCUUUCGAAGAUUUCAGUAUCCGACAGGUAGCAUUGUUGCUCAAUAACACCGCCGAUGAAGAGAGAUAUCUAAACCGUUCUUUGUGGUAUCGUAAUGUCUGGGAUAAGACAGUUGUGAGCGAUGGCUUUCAAGGCUUCAUGCAAAAACGAUAUCCAAACGGUACCUUCAAUUUCACUGAUCCAACUGAUUGUUCUCCACAAGACACGGAUGCAAAUCGAGAGUGUUCGCUCCAAGGAGACAAUAUCGAAGGCUUCUAUGAGUCGUCGUCUUGGGAGUAUAGCUGGUUUGCACCACACGAUACGAAUGGUCUGAUCGACCUUAUGGGUGGAAACAGCACUUUCGUGAACCGUCUGGACCAUUUCUUCGAUGCUGGCUACUACCUGGCUGGAAAUGAGCCUUCAUUUCAAACACCAAUUGGAUAUCAUUAUGCCAACCAACCUGCAAAGUCGAUUCAACGCGUGCGGCAAGUAGUGUUCGAGAACUUCGAUAUAACACCGGCAGGACUGCCAGGAAACGAUGACCAGGCGGCCAUGGCGUCGGUGCUCGCUUUCCAUCUUCUCGGGCUCUACCCGAUUCCGGGUACAUCUCAAUUCCUCAUACUCUCCCCAUUUACCCCCAAUUACACCAUCCAUAACACUUAUCUCAACACUUCGACUACUGUAACAACGCUGGGUUUCGAUCCCAAGUCCAUUCAGGCUACCAUUCCUGACGGUGCGGCAGCGUAUGUGAAGAAUGUCACCAUAAACGGAGUCGAAUCGCCUACCAAGUGUCAUUUUGAUUUCUAUGAUGUGUUCAGGGCUGGCGGAGAAGUGAUUAUCGAGGUCACAGAUGAUAUCGCUCAAGGGAACGAUUGUGGAUCUGCGGUCCCGGAAAGUGUGUCAAUGGGCGGAUUUGGGAGCUUGAGGUAG